GCAGGGAGGGGAUUAUGUAGAAAAAGUGAUUAUCAACUCCAACUGGGGUAUUUAUUCAGAGGUACCAGAAACUAACUGCAAGGCACUGCGAGGCAAUUGAUACUUAUCACCUGGAGCCAGGCUAGAAACAUGUCAGGGGAAUAUUGCCUAAUUUCCUGUGUCCUUCUGCUCAUGGUCAACUUGUCUGUGGGGGUACAGAAUGGGGACAUGAGGCUGGUGGGGGGUGAGCUGGCCGCGGAGGGCCGUGUGGAGAUCUACUAUAAUGGACAGUGGGGGACCGUGUGUGAUGACAACUGGGACAUUACUGAGGCACAGGUGGUGUGUCGCCAUCUCAACUACCCUGGUGCUCUCACUGCUGUGGUGGGUGGGAUAUACGGACAAGGAUCUGGUCCUAUCUGGAUGGAUGAUCUAAACUGUGAGGGGACAGAGAAAGACUUGUCCCACUGUCUCUUCAAAGGCUGGGGGGUUACUGACUGUCAACAUGCUGAGGAUGCUGGUGUGGUCUGUGAAAGAGAAUCUUCUCGGAAUAACAGUCGCGUCUACGCCCUGGACCACAACACAGGCUUCAGUAACCACAUGGGGGCGCUGUUUGACAGUGGACGCGACUGUGACUUUGACAUCAUGGUGCGGGUUGCAAACAGCAUUGUGGAAACCAUCUGUGUUCACAAGCUGAUUGUCACUCUGGACCCAAAUGCCUCCAUCUUAAACACCACACAAGAGGAGAACCUCAGUAACCUCAACCUAGACGUCAGCCUCAACUGCCGGCCACAUGUCACCGACUUCCUGAGGUAUCUGUACACGCGGCAGAUUAACGUGACCAUGUCCUCUGCCCAGUGCAUCCACAAGAUGGCGUCCAACUGGGGUCUGAAGCAGCUUCAGGAGGCGGCAGGGAGGCUCUUCACCUGGCUGCUCCCCGAUGAUGCCUCCUUCCAGACCCAGACCUCUCUGUACGAGUACUCAGUCCACACAGGCGACCCAGUUCUGCAGGAAACCUGUCUGCGCUACCUUGCCUGGAACUGUGAGUCACUGAUCCGUUCCCCAGCCUGGACUGGUCUUGCCCUGGGCACAGUAAAGACCCUUCUAGCCCGUUCAGACGUGGUGGUGCCAGAUGAGGCCUUCCUCCUAAAGGGUUUGGAGGACUGGGUGUUGGAACAGGGUAACUCGUCCACCCACGAAGACCAGGUCGCCAUUUUGGACCACAUCCGGUUUCCCAUGAUCGCUGCUGAAGAUUUGUUCAACCUCAAUGCCAAGUCUGAACUGUACAUGGACCAACAAGAGCGUUAUAAUGCCGGCAUGUUACAGGGCUUUCAGUUCAAUGCACUGCCCUUACAGACGCUAGCUAGGGGCCUCCUCCUUAAAAAGGUGGAAUACACACCCAGGAUCUACACUGGCAAGCCAUGGAGCUUCACUUUCAGCUCAAAGGAUGUCAACACGUUCCGAUACAUCGGACAGUAUUCCCACUCAGGCCAGAACCUCAACAGCCUCAGCGCCAACUUUGACAGCCCUGUGCACAACAGUGCCUUUUUUUCACUGUUCAAAAAGCUCAACUGGAACACCAGGGUCUUUAUCAACAACCAUGAAUGCUCAAACAGCGGUAUCCGCUGUCCGUCGCUGCCGAUGGUCUCGCUAACUGCCCAGAAUAACAGGGAGUUGCCCCAAGAGUAUCAGGACGGCAUCCGCUACCUCAACAAGGUUGUCCUGAUGUGUGAAGGGGAGUUUGUAUUCCAUGUCCAGGAUUUUGCAUCCACAAUUGUCAAUGGCGGCAAUCAGGCCCAGAUCCCAGCAAACAUCACUGCGGGCCAGGCCUAUCCGUGCCACUCAGACCAGUUCUCCUACCGUGUGGUGGUUCAGCCUGUUUACACCACUGAGAUCAAGGAGAAUUAGCAGGAAGUAGAGGGACAUGAAUCAAAUGUAUUUAUAAAGCCCUUUUUACAUCAGCUGAUGUCACAAAGUGCUAUACAGAAACCCAGCAUAAAACCCCAAACAGCAAGCAAUGUAGAAGCA